UUCCUCGUCCCCUGAUCCCGUACUAUGCAUAUGCGGCUAGAAAUAGAUGCAUAGCGAACCUUCCUGGAGCCACUUAACUCCCACAACAUACAGCAGUGCAAUUCAUGCACAUGCUCGCCAACGGCGCAAGACUGGUCCACGCUGAGAGGGCAAAGCAGCAAGAAAAAACUUUCGAGGCUUCCACCCCGCCACUCGAAUUCUUUCUCAUCAAGCACACAAGGCAACGCAACUGCUGCCCUCAGAAAGCGCCACCGUUCUUCGUUUCCCACCUCCACUUGUUUCCUCGUAGAGGCCGCUUCUCACAUUGUAGACGAAACUUAAACUCACAAUAUUGCACAGUCGGACAUAUCUUCUUACGCCCUUCAAAGCUCACCGUCCCCGAACCCGGAUCUCGGCGUACAUGUCCCUCAGACAUUCUAGCCAACCACCUCACUCUCAAGCAUGCGUUCGGCGCGGGGCCUUUGCAUUUUCGCUGUCCAGGCCAUCUCUCUCGACCCAUAGUGCGCUUCUGCCUGCCAAUCCGCAAGAAGCUCACCAGUGCCGCCUUACCCAGACCUUACCGCAACCAUUCCGACAUACGUUACCGUGGCCGAUGCCCAGCCUCGCUAUUGAACGCUAAUGCGCAAACGCUCCAGCCCAGUGGUCUCCAGCGGGCCACCGCACAAGACGGCCAGUCUCGGGAUCAAAAUUAUGUGUGGGUAACGCUGCCCCUCUGCUACCUAGCACUCCACAAACCAUGUGCAGCGUCUUACCCAGCAUACUCCAAACCUCACAUGACGAGUUUUUACUCCAGCAGAGAGCGCGGCUGCAUGUAGUAAAAAUCAACGUCCGCCCUUGAGGUCGGGAACCAGGUCGACCGUGUAGGG